UUCUAUUCUCCGGCUACCACAGAGUGAUAGGUUGUGCUUUAAAGUAAAGUAAGGACUGUGUAGAAACGUAACUCAGACUGUCCUGGAUGUGCUGGGUAUACGAGCGACAAAGUGCAACGACUUUUCGAGUUUUUAAGCACGCCCCUCUGACACUAUCAUGAGUGGCAGAGUUGCAGAGGGCCACCUUCAGGUCCUACAGAUUUACCGCCUGCUGCAGUGCGUCCAUGAAGGGGAUAAGGCUCAUAUCGAGAAGAUGGUGAACCUCGGGGUGAAGAACCUCAUCAAUCUCACUGAGCCACACGAGGGCACAGGGGCGCUGCACGUGGCAAUGUCAGCCAACAACCAGGACUUGGUCAGCUUCCUUCUCUCCCAGGGAGCACACCCUAACAUCCAGGACAAAAUGGGCCGCACCCCGGCGAUGCUGACUGCAGAGCACGGCAAUGAUGUCAUCAUGACACUGCUGAUCCAGAACAACGCUAAUCUGAGACUCCAAGACUCAGAGGGAAAAGGAGUGCUAUUCUACUGUAUCUACCCCACUGAGCGCCACACCCGCUGCGUGAAGCUGGCACUGACAGGUGAGGCAGAUGUCAACAAUGUGUCAGCGCAGGGGACUCACGUCUUCCAGGUGAUGUGUGAAAAAGCCCAGGAGGGCACCGCCAUGUGUCUCCUCAUGCUGGGAGAAGGGGCGGACCCCAAUGCAACAAAUCAGCAAACUGGCACCACAGCACUGAUGGAGGCAGCCAAGGCCGGCUCCCUGCAGGUCCUGAGAAGCAUUCUGAAGAGAGGGGGAAACCCCAAUGCUCUGGAUCGAAAACGCUUCACAGCCGUACACUAUGCUGCCAUGGGGGGCUUUUUUGAGUUGAUUCAGGUGCUGUCUGCGUGCUCGGCAGACAUGGGCGUGGUCAACAUGGAGGAGUGCACUCCCCUACACUACGCUGCUGCCACCGGCAAUGCUAACUGCUGCAAGUUCCUGGCACAGAGAGGUUGUAACCCCAAACUGAAGAACCUGGAGGGUUUGUUGCCACGUCAGAUUGCCAAAGACGCCGGUCACAAAGCAGCAGCCAAGGAGCUAAAGAAAGCAGAGCGGCAGCACGGGAAAGGAAACAAAUCCACGAGUGGCGGCCUCCUGUCAGACCUCUGGGGCCUGACCCUCCACGACUGGUCCAACGAGUACGAGACGGAAUUACAGAAAGUCUGUGGGAACAAAUCAGAAACAGUUUCCACCGAGAUGUUUAUCUCAGCGUUAGAAGAACUAAAAGCUCCAGUAGAUCUAGAACAGAUCCAUCAAGUCAUCUCAGCCCAUGACAAGGGAAGAGUGGGGUGCAUCAACAUUAAUGACUUCAUCAAAGGCGUCAAGUACAUCAAGAAACCACUCCUCCUCUCCUCAUAUAUGCCUAAAAAGAAAAAGGGUGAGAAGGGAGGAAAAGGUAAGAAGGGUAAAUUCGUCCUCCCUUUGCCAAUUUGCACCCUCCCGCCAGAACAUAUGCCUCGCCGACCAGACGGAGGCCCGCCCCAUUUCAUGAUCGAGACUUUCUUCAACUGCUCAGACACCCGGAGAUUUGCUCGUGACCAACCGCCAGAACAUCCCAUUAUGAACGACUCUGGGUGGUACCUAGAAAAGCCAGACACUGUCUUCGUCAAUAUCAACUGCAGUGUGAAAAGUGGAGACCUGGAAUCUUUGGAUCUCGCAUUAAAUCAGGGGGUUCCUGUGGAUGUUCAAGAUCAGUUUUACAAAACCCCGCUGAUGGUCGCCUGCGCCAGUGGCAACUACGAGGUGGCGCAGUUUCUACUCAGUAGGGGGGCGGAUGUGAAAGUGUGUGACCAGUUCUUCUGGACGCCCCUCCACCAUGCAGCUUACGCUGGUCAAGUGGAGCUAAUUGAACUUCUUGUUCACGCGGGGGCUGUUGUCGAUGCCCGGGGCCUCGGUAGAGGCACGCCCCUAAUGAGGGCCAUCGAGACCUCUCGACCCUCGUGUGUGGACUUACUCAUCAAGGCGGGAGCCAAUGUCAAUGCAGAGAACAAGAAAGGACUGAACUGCCUUGACAUCGCCAGAGUUUUUGCAGACUCCAGGGUGAUGGACAUGGUCAAAGAAAAGAUGGAUUCUAUGCCUAAACCAAAGGAGACAAAGGGGAAGGGGGUCAAAGCUGAAAAACCUAAAUCUGCCAAAGGAAAGAGUGUUUUAGCAGAAGUAGCAGGGCAUGGAGAGGCAUCGGCAGCAUCAGCAGGGAAGACUUCUCCUCAGAAGGAAUCAAGGAGCGUCGUCCUGCAAAACACCAGGAUCAGCACGGGGAAAACCAACAGUGUGGACAUCUCAUUUGUGCCAAAAACGGUUUGGGGGAAGCCGCCCACCACCAGCCAGCUGAUGUCGAAGAUAGAGAGACGGAAGGAGCCCUUAUCCCUGGAAGUGGACUUUGACGACUUCAUGAUGCCUUUCAACCACAACAACCAGAGGAAACCCACAGACCAGACCGGGGGAAGGUUCGGCAGCAAGAGACACUCAGACUUUCUGAAUCCUAGUCUGUUACCCGAGCUCGCUGGCCACCUUUCAAAUGGGACAUUGGAUUGACUUGGAAUGAAUAUAUCUUCGAAACAACUGCUUUAAUAGUAGGACAUGAAGAACAAUUUAUAUACAUAGACAGAAAUUGUUAGAAUAACAUUACAUUUCAUAACGCUCAAUUACCAAGGGGAGACUCUGCUUUUAUUAAUAAUCGAAAAAUGCAAACAAUUAGCAUGUCAAUAGUCACUUUUUAGGUAAACACCAUUCAGGACUGUGUAUCCACAAUAUUCAGCAUGGACUGUGUUUUUGUCUUUUCAGUCAAAACACUAAAUUGAUAUCUUUAUA